AUGGAUAUUUUUUUAUUUUACAGGAUUUGGUCAUUGAUUAAACGAGUAGGUCAUAAAUCUGACAAGAAGAUGACGUCGUCAUUGCCUUACACACAGUUCGAAGAUGAAAACUAUUCAGAUGACCAAUUGGACCUCCCUUUGACUCCGAGAGAAAUUAAAGUUUAUCAUGCUGAUGAUACGUAUGAAACAGUUUUAGUUACCCCGAGUACAACAUCCGAACAAGUAUGCUCUCAGAUUGGCAAAAAAAUUAUCAGCCAAUUUUACUGCUGGUCAAUCGUAGAAGUUUGGAAGGACGAAGGGAUAGAGAGAACAUUAGAAAAUCACGAAUCUGUGUUAUUAUGUCACCAUAGAAUGGAAGAUAAAAACAACAGAAUUUUGGUGCUCCGACUAAACAACAAAAUGUUUCACAUGUUCAAGCACCCAGAAGAAUUCUCUCUCUACAGAACACUGGAUAUUGGUACAAAAAAACAAGCCAAAAUUAUACAGAAAGUCCUCAAUGGUGACACCUGUCCUCUACAUUUUGGCCAAGUAUGGGUGUAUGAUUGCAAUAAAACAAAGCCGUUCUGGGAUGUAACAGUUUUGUUGCUCAAGGAUAAAAAUCUUUAUCUCACAUCAAAUCACAAAAGCAUGUUACCACACAUUAAAAGAUCCGGGAUUAGCUACUUUCGCAACACUAUCAUGGUAAGAAAAUAUAUCUGUCUUCAUGUUGAUACCUACUAA